CGUGGAGAGCUAAACAUUGGUUCAAUUUCCAUGAUGCUGUCAAAACAUUGUAAUAUGAGUUCAGUUAUAUUCAGUUCUUUCUGUGUUUAUGUUAGUGAAAUAGUCAUUUAUUGAUUUUAUUUCCAGCCAGAUAAAAUGUAUUCCACAUUUUUUGUUUCUCAGUAUGCUGUAUUAAUACAGAUUUGAUAAAAGUUUUCCUCCACUCCAUUUCAAAAUUAUUUAUUUUUUUUCGUUAAAGCAAUAUGAGUUCAGUUACCAGACUCAGAGCACCACACAAGAUUCAUGUCUUGUCUUGGGCUCUUGCCCUGGAAAGAGAUGGCUCAGUAGCUUGUCAUUUUAAGGAUUGUCAAUUUAUGGCACUAACUCUAGAAGAAAUGGGAAACCAUUAUCCAUUUUGUGCUUGUGAAAACAACAAGUAUCCUUUUGUCUGUGAAACAUGCAGUCGUCGUACUGACGCCAUGGAAAAAUUACUUCUACAUAAAUUAUACUCACAUUCUUACAGACCGACUGAUGAAGAAUCCUGUAAGAUUGAUGAUUACCUUAAGACUCCUGUCAAGAAAGAAAUAACAUCUGUUCUGAGACGUUCAUGGGAAAUUUUUCUUGAGAAAAAAAAAUACUUAAAAUGUUUGAACAGAAAAUGUUUGUUUGUUACCGAUUCAAUUGCAAGCAUGGAAGAUCAUUACCUCAGUUCCUGUAAGGAGUCUUUCUGGUCACAGUUAAAAUAUGAAUGUGAAUUUUGCCAUGGGCGUUUACUAAAUGAUUUUGAUUUAAAGUUGCAUAUUAAUCAAGCGCAUGAUUCAAAGACAUAUUUGAUUAAGAAUCAUGUUGAACCAAACAGUAACCUGAACCGUAUACAGAUGUGGUCUGAGGAAAUUAUGCUAUACAAACAGGGAAAAUGUUUUAUUGAUGGAUGUCAGUUUGUUGACAAUUAUGUGAAAAUUUUGGAAAAACAUUAUUCUAACUGUGAUGGAACCAAAAAGAAUUUCAUUAUUUGCUGUGCUUGUGGAUCAUGGCUUUUGAAUGAAGCCAGAUUAAAUGAGCAUAAAAGAUGUUUCCAUAAGGACCUAGACGAUGAAGAUUUUAAGAAACUAUCUCGCCAAUAUGAAUUGGAAUCAGAAAGUCACAGUAGCCUCAUAUUGGACGAUAUGUCUGCUGAUGACAAUUACCCACUCAGUGGGGACAUUGAAGUGGAUAGUGACAGAAGAACUAAUGAUUUGAAGAAGUACAAUGGUGUCAUAAACAAAGCAUCUCGGAAGUCUUCUGCUGUAAGAUUAUCUCCACCAGUAUUUCCUGCAAAAAAUACUGACUCUAUAGACUGUACACAAGUUUCAGAUAGAUCAGGAAUCCAAUAUGAUAGCGAUAUCAUAAAAAUUAAUGAAGGCAGUUUAGAUAUCAUUGAUAUUGACACAUCAGUUACAAAGAAAGUGUUAAACGAUGGUAUGAAGUUGAAUGAUCAAAAGAAGCGAAGAAGAUCUAAUCCACAAUAUGUAACUGAGAAACAUUGUAUGAAAGAUAAUGAAAAAAAGAAUUUUCCACUUUUUCAGAAGAGGAACCAUGAGAAUUGGCCAACACCACUUCAAGCUUUUGCUAAUGAGAUGAUGAAAGAAAACAAAAAUAUUUCAACUGUUCCAGUGCAGAUAAAAGUUGACAAUAAAGAUUGGACUGUCAAUGUUUCGACUACAGUAGUGUCUCAGUCGAAAUCAUCAUCAGAAUUUCCAAGAAACCGUGAAGCAUUAUUCAAAUCCCUGAAGGAGGAAUCCUAUAGGCUACUAAAAUUGGUCUCUAAAAAAAAUUCUAUUCGAAAUGAUGUAAGAAUGGUAUUUGAUCCUAAUGAAAACCGCAUCACACCAUUCCAUAUCAAUUUUAAGAAGGGUGAUAGUAAUAAUGAUAAAAGUCCUGAUAAUUUAGAUAUGACAAAAUUUCUCAGCUCUGAUGUUGAAGAUUCUGAUGAUGGCGUAUCAAACUCUGAUAUGUCAGAAUGUGAUGGACAAGAUUCAAUAGGCAGUCCUGGCUCUCCAUCCAAUUUGGAAUAUUCUGGUGCAGAAGUUCAUAAUGGAGCUCACAAACUUAUCGAUGGGUCAAUUGGAGUCAAUAAUACCGCCUUACAUCUGACUCUAAAUCAGUGUGAUACUAAUGUUGAGGAAAUAGAAGAUGAAAUGCUCUGCAGCAAUGAACAAGUACCCAUCACCUGUGGUCAAGAUGCCAUGAAUGAAAUUGACCCGCUUAAUGAAUUUAAGAAUGAAUUAAAUCAUGAUGUUCUCAAUGAGGGACCUUCACAGAUUGUUGGAUUUUCCAAAUCUCACGAUCAUCAAAAUUUAAAUGAUUUCCUCGAAAAAGAAGUUAACCAGAAUACUUUGAAUGGAAGAACUGAUAUUUUAUGUCUCUCAGACAUUAACCAUCUUGGUAAGGAAGUUAAGGUAAAAAGUGAAUUAGAUCAACAAGUUUUGCCCAAAAAAGUGAUUGAUGAGGAAACUGGUUCAGUUGUUCACAUUGAAGUCUUUGGUAUUAAAGAAAAUGGUCGGCAAGCUGUCAUUGCUAAAUCAGAAGAAGGUGUUGAAACCGCUAAUCAAUUUGAAUCUGAGUAUAUAAUACCAGACAUUGAUUUUGUUGAUAGCUCAGGCAUCAAGUGUUCUAAUGAACGAAUAAAUGUAUCAGAUUCUUUUCAAGCAGAUAUUUCUAAUUCUUCAUAUGAUUUUGAGAGUGAUACUGGUGUUAAUGUGACUGAAGAUGAAGUAUCAGGUAUGCACAGCAAUGAUACUUCUCAAGAUGUCUCAGAAGAAUAUGCCAAACCCAAUGAAGAGUUAGUUUUGUUGGAUAAUGAUUUGCCAACCUCUUCACUACAGGGCACAGUCUCUGAUGUAAAGGGUGAAAAAGAUCCAUUAUCUAUUGAUGAGUUUACAGGUGGAGUUUUGUUUUAUGAUCCUGAAACUGAUUAUGACAAUAGGGAUCUUUAUUCUUCUGAAAAUAAUGGGUCCUGUUCUAAUGAAAAUAAUAUCCACCUUUGUGAUAAUGAAAAUGGUAUUAGUGAUAAUACCCAAGAAUCAAAUGAGGAAAAUACAGAUGAUUUCAGUUUAUCAAACAAAUGGAAUUGGUCUAACUUAAAAAAAUAUAAUUCAAAAACUACACAAAAUGAUUUGACAAAAAUGCGUCAUAAGCCAUCAAAAGAAGAUGAAAAAUUUAUAGGUUUCUCAGAUUGCACUGAUUCAUCUUCUAAAUACAGUGAUUUUGUUUCUGCUUGUAGUAAACUUGGUUAUUAUGAUGAUAUGGUAAUUUUAAAUCAGCAUUAUGAAAUUAUACCUCCUAAUAAAAAAGGUAAGAGCUUUCUGCAUUCAGAAUCCUUAGGUCAUGGUUUAUCAAAGGAAGUAUUAACAGCUGCUAAAGGUAGUGAAGAAAAUGGUAAUGCCGUUUUAGCUAAGAAGAAAAUUUCUGAAGUAAAAACUAGUAGAACCCAAGAAGUAAUUCUAGUAAAAUCUGAAAUAAUUACUAAUCACAAAUCAGGUAAUGAUUCAGAAGCCAUAUUCUUGGGCUUUAAAUCUAAUGAUAACUAUACCGAGUUUCGUAGGAAAUCCAUUGAAAUAUCAAGAAGAUUGAGUGAAGAAUUUUCAGAUGGUAAGAAUAAAAUUGAUCACAAUUUAAUUACCACUGCUGAAAAUAUUUCUUGUUUUCUGGUAGCAGAAAAUGGUAAAGAUAAUGAAUCAUCCUUUGAAGAAGAUAAUGUUUCUAAAUACAAAGUUUCAUCUAAUGAUAAAAAAUUGAUAAACCAAUCUUUAGAACAAGAAAAUUCAUUGAUUUUAAAUAAAAAUUCAAAAUUGUCCAAACUGACUAUAGAUUCAAUGAAAGUAGGAGAUGAAGAGAAAAACAAGAGUGGUUCUACAGAAUCAGUACCUAAAAAAAGAGGAAGACCUAGAAAAAACCAAUUCAAAACAACAGAUAUUGUUAGUGAUACCCUCAAUAGGAAAGAAAAUACUGAUUCUGCAUUAGAAGAAUCAAAUCUUUCGGAAAAUGAUGAUAAAUUAGUAAUUAAUCAAUUGCCUAAUCACUCUGAUAAAGAAGCCAAUCAGGCUGCUCUGAUGGUUGACACUGAAGAUGAAACUGAAAAUAAUAUUGUUCUCUUAAAGUCACCUCCAUCAAAUUUGACUAAUUUGGUGCAAUGUAUGAAUGAUGGCCAAGCAAAUGAUACUGAUGAUUCAUGUAUUGAAGUUAAAGAGAUGUUUCAUCAAUCUGCUGAUGAAGCUUCAUUGAUCCCUAAUGGGAAUCCUUUAACUUGCACACUUGAUACAGGUUUGAAUGAGCUAGACAGCAAAGAAAACUCUCUUGAAUCUGUAUUGAAAAAAGGAGAUGGAUGUAAAAUAAAUCAAUCACAGUUAGUAGUAACAUCCAGUUCAACUGACCAACUCAAUGCUAAUGCCAGAUUGAUAGAAGACAAUAGUGAUACUGCCGUGAAGGAAUUGAAACCUUUAGAAAAUGAAGAUACAAAAAUUGUUAAUGAUCUGCCUAUAUCUGCAGGACAGGGAUCAACUUCAAUUUCGAUAACAAAUUCUGAUCAUGAAAUUGUUGAUGAAAAUUUACAAUAUAAAGAUCAAGUUGAAGAUACAAGCCAACAUUUUGUAGAUCAUGUUUCAUUGAUACCUUUGGAGAACAAAGAGAACAUCCUUAGCACACCUGUUAUAUCAGUAUCUAGAAAAAGAGGUCGGCCGAAGAAAAAUCAUUCCGAAACAAUAACAUCCAUACCAACCAUUCAAUGUAAUGGUACUCUUGAAGUGAAAGAAGAAAAUACUGAAGAUGUGGAAUCAUACCAAUUUGAAAAUGAUGAUGAAUUAGUCCUUCAUGAUCCGCCUGAAUCUGCUGUUGAAAAACCAAUAUCAACUACUAGUAAUGAUAUCAAUGUUUCAUCAAAAUCCUCUACUUCAAAAUUGACAACCUUUACACAAUGUAUGAAUAAUACCCAAGGGGAUAGUUAUUCUUCAUAUAAUGACAUUAAAGAUUUAAGACAUGUUUCUAAUCAGUCGAGUUUAUCAGUACCUAAUGAAAGUUGUUUUGAAACUAAAGUCAAUACCUUAAUUGCAUCUAAUGAGUCAGUACCGAAAAAAAGAGGUAGGCCUAGAAAAAAUCCUAUUCAUCUAAUAGCAUCAACUCCAACUAAACCUAGCUCUACCGUUUAUCUGAAUGGAGAAAAUAGCAACACAGAUAAGGAAGAGUUUAAUCUUUUUAAUAAUGAUGAAUCAUUUAUUAAAUCAACUGCUGAGGAACAUAAUUUAACUGAAAAUAGUUUUGUUUCUGAAAACAACAAAAUUACUAUUGAUUCAGUCACUAAUGAGGAACCUUCAUCUGUUUUAAAACAAGAUUUAGAAAAUAGACCUGAGAAAAAAUUGAAAAUAGAAACUACACUUGAUGCAAUCCCAUUGAAAAGAAAACCAGGGAGACCUCCAAAACGUUUGUCUUCAUGUUUCCAAAACUCUAAUCAGCUUAAAAAAAAAAGUAAUGACAUUCUCGAUUCUUCAUUAGCAAUAAGUGUGUAUGGAAAUGAAAGUCUUUUUAAUUUAUCAGCUAGCCUGGAAUCUGAAAAACUUUCCUGUAGUGGACAAAAAAAUGUGUGUGAUAAACCAGGAGAUUUAUUACUGGAAAAUGGAAGUAUUUUAGAAAACCCAUUGAAGAGAAAACCUGGAAGACCGCCUAAAUGUUUAUCGCUGUGUUUACAAGGAUCCAAGCAGCCCUCCCAAAAAAGUAAUAGCACCUUUGAUUCUUCAUUAGCAACAAGUGAGUCUGAAAAUAUAAAUCUUUUAAAUUCAUCUGCUACCCUGGAAUCUGAAUCACUUUCUGUUAGUGAACGAAAAGGUGUUGAUAAGUCUAAUGAUCUAUUACUGCUUGAAAAAAAAGAUAUUUUAGAAAUCCCACUGAAGAGAAAACCUGGGAGACCACCAAAACGUUCAUCAAUAUGUUUCCAAGGUCCUAAUGAACUUCAAAAGGAAGGUUGCAAAAAUUUUUCAUUAGUAAUAAAUGAGUCUGGAAGUAACAGUCUUAUUUUAAAUUCAUCUGCUACCCUGGGAGCUGGACCAGUUUCUUUUAGUGAACAAAAUAAUGUUGAAGAUAAACCAAGAGAUUUAGUGGAAAUGGCAGAUAUCUUAGAAACCUCAACAAAGAGAAAACCUGGAAGACCACCAAAACGCUCAUUAGAAGAUAAAGGAGAAAUUGAUCAAGGUCACAAAGAAAUUAAUUGUGUUCCAGCUAUGAAGAGUGAAAGAAAUAAAAACGGCUCUCUUAUUUCAAAUUCAUUUUCUAAGGAGGAUAGCUCUGGUAUUAAUUCACAAAUUGAAAUAGAGACCAAUCUAAUUUUGGAUGAACAUCUUCAAAUUGAAAAAAAUCAACCUGACAAGGAAUUAACUUCCAUUUCAACUCAUAAUGAACCAGGAAAUGUGAAUGUUGGUGUCUCUGAAAAACAAAUUGAAAUGAAUAACAAAACAUUUUCAGAUCCGACAUUGAAAAGAAAGCCAGAUAGUCCACCAAAACGUUUAUCAGUUUCAGCUAAUGACCAAGAAUUCAUAUUGGAUCAAAAGGAAAAUGAUGAAAUUCAUAAUUCUUGUCCAUUAAGCAAUGGUGUUGUUGAGCAUAACACAUUUGUUUUAAAUUCACCUAUAAGUUCUGACCAAUUUCCUCUGUUCUGUCAUGCUGAAAAUGAAAAAAUAAAUUCUGAACCUCAAGUCGAUGUAACAAUUAAAAAUAGACUUAUAUUAGAGCUCCCUCAAAAGAGAAAGCCUGGUAGACCUCCAAAAAAUUCAUACCUGCACAGUGAAGAAAUUAAACAAGGGCCAAUUGAAGGUAAAUACGCAGAUAAUAAGGAUUCUACUUUGGAUAAUAAUGAUUCUAUUAACAAUAGUCUUGGUUCAAUAUUUUCCAACGAGGCUAAAGAAAUUGUAGAAUAUAAGCUUGAAGAUAAAUUACUGAUGAAUCAGAAAGAUUCUUUAAAACCUCUUUUAAAGAGAAAACCUGGUAGGCCACCUAAAUGUUUAUCCGUGUGCCAACAGAAAACACAAUGCCCAAUAGAAAACAAGAAUAGUGGUGUAUCUACAAACGACAUGGAUCUUGAUUCACUUUCUAAUACAGAGUUUUCAUCUCCUGAAGGUGAUAAUAAAAAUUUGGAGGAUGGAGAAAAGGAUAGUUUGGAACUAGUUAUUGAAAAGAAAGAUGAUCAACCACCCAAUCCGUUUUGUACGAGAAGAGAGGAAAUGGAGGUAUGUCAAACGUCAAAUAAAAAUGUUUCUGUUAAAGAUAAUGAUAGUUCUACUAAGAACUUUUUGAAUUUAUUUUCUUUUAAAGAAGAUUUUUCUAAUGUUUCAAAAACCAAAUAUGCCAAACACGAGCUGGAAGAUGAUGAGAAAAAUAUUGUUGAACCUCCAUUCAAAAGGAAACCUGGCAGACCAUCAAAACGUUCUAUGAGCCAACAGGAAAUUGGAAAAUAUCCAUUUGGAAUUAUAAAUGUUGAAAAUACCCUAGUUAAAGACAUGGAUAGGUCUUUAAAUAGCAGUCUCUUGAAUUCAUCUUCAAAUGUGGACAGUUUAUCUGAUAUCGCCCAUGCUAAAGAAGGUAUAAAUCAAUUGAGAGAUGAAGAGAAAAAUAGUUUUGAACUUCCCCCGAAGAGAAAACCUGGUAGACCACCAAAACGUUUAUCUAUUGGACAUCAUGAAGCUGAAAAAUGUCACAUUGAAAGUAAAAAUAUUGAAGAUAUUCCAAUGAGUGAUAACAAGACUUCUUUGAAUAGCUGUAUUUUAAAUUCAAAUCCUAAUGAAGAUGGUUUAUGUAAUGUUACUCAUUCGGAAGAUAUAAAGAACAACAUGGUAGUUGAGAAGAAAGUUAGUAUUGAAACUCCAUUAAAAAGGAAACCCGGAAGACCACCAAAACACUUAUCUAUUGGCCAGCAAAAUAUUAAUCCAGCCCAGAAUAAAAAUAAUUUAAAUCAAAAUGUUUUAAUUGUUACUUCUUCUGUAACUGAUUAUUCAGAGCCUCCACCCAAGAGAAAACCAGGUCGACCAAGAAAAGUAAGCUUAGAAUUUAAAAAUAUUGAGGAAAAUAGUAGAAAUAAUUCUGUGCAUAAUUUGGAUCAUACUGUUGUGAAAAUAGAAGAUGAAAGGUUAUUCAUUGCUGAAAAUAAUUCAUUUACUGUUUUUCCAUCACAAGACAAGAAUGAAACUCCUGUAGAAUCUUCACAGUGCUUACCUAAAAGAAAGCCUGGAAGACCGCGAAAAAAUAGUUUACCCAUUGGUGAAGAAUCAUCUGAUAUAUCAAAAAAAUCUCUUGAAUCAUCUGUGAAUUCAGAGAGUACACCAAAAAGGAGGCCUGGUAGGCCUCGAAAACAUAGUUUAGAAACAGAAGUUACGACAAUACCUGGAAGAGAGAGAUUAGGAGCAAUUGCCUCUUCAACUCCUUUUGGCAAUGCAACAACUUCAUCUUUGUCUUUUAAUUCCUUUGCUGACCUUGAAUUGCUUGAUGACAAUGACAUACUUGAGGAAGAAGUAUCAAAGAAAAAGAGAGGAAGGCCAAAAAGAGUAGUAAAAGUUGUAAGACCCAGACUCACACACAAAGGAGAGAUGAAUUAUUCUGAAACAUAUUACACAACUUUUAACAAUGGUGAUAGUAAUUUAGAAACUUCAAAUAUUGUUCCGACACAUGAGCGAAGCCCAAAUAGUGAUUCUUCUAUUAGUCGUAUCAUAAAUUCAGAAGAUGGUUGUGAUAACAACGUUAAUGAAACUGAUGAAUCCCUAGAAACAAAUUACCUCAAUGACAAUGACCUAACCUACAAACAGAUGGCAAGGAUUGAGAAAAGAAAAUUAUUAAGCGGUAGAGUUGAUUCAUCCACAAGGCUUAAAAAUCCAAACGAUAAGGUUAAAUGUGCUUUAUGUGGUGAAGUAAUGAAUGUCAUCCAUUACCAAAAAGAACAUUUACUAAAACAUAAUUUCAUGUCUUGGUUAGAAGGAGAGGAACCUCUGCCACUUGAUGAUUUUGAUAAAAUGGACACUUUGCUUCUCCGAGGGAAAAGAGCUAACCCCAACUUCGUCUUUAGAUGUGAAGUGUGUCAUCAGGAAAAAAAAAGCUCUAAAGGACUUCUAAGUCAUCGACAGUUCUGUGGAAAGAGUGAUGAGGAAAGAGUUGGUAUGAUGGUCUCAUGUCCGUACUGUGGAAGACUUAUGAUGCCAGUAAGUUUACAGCCUCAUAUAUAUCAAAGUCAUAGAACUGCUAAUGAUCCUCCGCCACCAGAGGAAUCAUCUGACCCUGGCCCUGGCUCUGUACGAAAAGCUGCUGCAAAGUGCCUUGGAAAAAUUGCGAGCAUUAUUGAAGAAAAUGGUUUGGCCAAAUCGGAGGAAGAUUUCAAUGCUGACGGUGAUGAAGAGUUUGAUGAAAUAGAAGAAAUUAGUUUGCUGUACAUACCUGUGCAGAAAAAAAAAAUCAAUAAACAUUUGAUGAACAGAUGGAAGCAUCUUGCUAGGGAUAAGAAAGAACUCCAUUGUAUUGUGCCAUCUUGUACCUUUAAAGCAAUGCUAAUAAAAGAUAUUGUGCAGCAUCAUAGGUUAUGUACUGCUGAUCGCUCCCAGGGCUUUAGUUGCAUUAAGUGCAAUUACAUUUGUAAAGUAGAAGAUGAAAUGAGAGAACAUGUCAAAUCAUGUAAUCCUCCUAUUAUGGUGUCUCAAAGCGACAACUCAGAAGAUGAAGAUCAUGAAAAGCAUGUUAUUAUUCCUUAUUUAAAGGCAGCAGAACAGAAUUCAACUGGACGACAUAAAGCAAUGUUCUUUAAACCAGCUUUAACUUGGAUGAAUGAAAUUUAUAAAAAGUAUUUUACCCAGGAACCAUUGUAUCCUGAUUUGCAUUUAAAUAUUGAUUUAUGGAAAGAAAUGGAUCCUCUAACGAGCCAGUUUUAUAAUCCUGAGAAAUCGAAUUCAAUGAUGGUUUCAUUUCAAAACUCUACCUGGGAAAGCAUGCAUGCUCUGGAAGGAAAAGUUAUUGAAGGAAACCAGGGUAUAGCUUAUACCGGAGGGCCGGUUUGGGGUCUUGAAUGGUGUCCAGGAGAAGGUCCUCAGUAUUUGGCUGUGUCGUCACAUCUGUCGAUGGAAUUCAACUUUCAAGCAGGGUCUACAUUUACUGGGCCAGGCCUAGUGCAACUCUGGUCACUUGAAGAUAUUUCCAAUGCAAAGAGUGAUACAUUGUCAACACUUCAGUUCUGUUAUGGCGUUUGCCACAAUGAUAGAGCCUGUUGGAACAUGGCCUGGUGUCCCAGUGGUGGCCGGACUGAUACUAGGAUAGGACUCUUAGCACUGGCUACUACCUCUGGUUCUAUUCCUAUUUAUGCUAUGCCUAAUCCUGAGUGCCUUCAAUAUCAGAGUACAAGGUUUUACAAACCUGAACCUGUUCUAAAAUUGGAGUUAUGGUCUAAUGAAAGAUGGCAGUGCAGUGCAAUAUCAUGGUCAAAAAUUAAACCACAUAAUAUAAUAGCUGCUGGUUUUGUUAAUGGUAUGGUUGCUGUUUGGAAUCUAGAAACAAAGACAAAACUUGAACGGAAAAAUAUUAUGCUUUAUCCAUUUAAAGUGUUUCAGGCCCAUCAUUCAAUUAUCACUGGAGUUUGCUUAAGUCCUGAAAGUGAUAAGUAUUUGGCAACAGCUUCAUACGAUAAGAGUUUUAAGUAUUGGGAUCUCAUUGACACUACAGCUCCUCAUACAGUUCUCAAGCGUGGCCUAUUUACCAGUGUUGAUUGGUUAAGACAUUGGAUGUCUGUAGUUACAACAUAUGAUAAUGCUUAUACGAUGCUGCAGACAACAGUCUCUUUAAGUUCAGUAAGAGGCUUUGUUAAUCCUACAACUCCUUUAAUAACCAGUAUUAACUCUACUGCAUGGAGUGUGGCAGUUAAUGACUGGUUGAAUGGUGCGAUAACAUCAUAUGAUAAUGGUCAGGUAGUGCUUUUCCUAGCUCUAAGGCAGACUACUUAUCAGCACUUGGAUAAGCGGAAAUUCUCAAAGGUUAUAUUGAAUAGUACGCUGCAUAAUAUUGAAGCAAAAGAUGGUUCAGUUGAGCCAAAUUCAAAACAAAAAGAGAAGGAAAUACAUAAUAAUAUGCCCUCCAAUUCUUAUGGGGAUGCUAUUCAUAAAUAUGGCUUGUCUAUUAAAACUGACCCCGUGAUUGGAAAGUUUGAUAAGUUUCAAGAGAAAGGUUCUGAAAACGUUAAUGACAUCUAUCCACUUUCUUCUAUAAACAGGGUUGCGUGGAAUACUAACAGGAACAGUUUCUUGUACACAGCUAUGGGAUAUCAGUCUGGAUUCUUAGUGGUUUCUAAGUUGUCAUUUAAUAGUAAAGACAUUAAUGUAAUUGAUGAAUCCUCAAAGUUGUAACCAGUUUUUUAUGCUUAUUGUAAAUUUUUUUUUUUUUAGUAGGGGACUAUUAUUACCUGAAUAUUGUUUUGUACAUAUGUAUAUAGAAUGUUUAAACAAGGGUUAAAUACAAUUUUAUUUGAGAUUUUUAAAUUGUUUUGUUUUAAUACAUUUAAAUGCAUUAAAUUUUUAUUUUAUUAUUUAUUGUUAACAUUAAAAAUGAAUGUGAUAUUUACAUCACAUAAAAAAAUGUUUUAUUUUUCAUUUUUUGAUAUAAGUCAUUUAUAUUUGACAUACUGUAUUUAUUUUUAUUAUCAAAUAAUCUUAUCUUUUAGAUUUUUUAGAUAUUUGUCAUUACUAAUCAUGGAACCUUUUAUUCACAAUAACAGUUUGUUAUUUUUAUUUUAUUUUAUUAUUAUCAUUGCUAUUUUUAUGUUUUUUCUAUUCAAUUAAAAAGAAAAAAACUUUAAAAUAAUCAUUUAUAACUGAUUUCAUAAUACCAAAGAAACUGAUUUUAUUUUAAAGGAUUUUUUUCAUUAAUUUAAAGAUUUGAAAAGCUUAAGCUUAUGUUGUUUUAUUAAAGCAAAUGCAGCAAAGUUCUUUCAUAAUCAUUUGGUACAUAGCUCACAAAAUUUUUAAGAACAAACAUACUAAUAGGUUUUAAUUGACAACAAAAGUAAUUUACUCCAAUUUAAAAAUUAAAUUACUUAGCACCAUAUUCAUUGUAAAGCUGUCGAUGUUGAUGUCAUUUUUUGUUUUAAGAUAUCUUAGAUAGUUAUUUCUGAAAAGAUUUUGACAGGCUUUGUUUAAUUCUAAUCACUGCCACUACAAUAAUACUUAUUUUUUUUCUAUUCAUAGGUUAUACGUUCCUUUGAUAAUUUUUAAGUUGUGUUGAGAAAAUGUGAUAUCCAAUUAAUUUAAAUUGUUAAUGUAUAAAUUAAUUCCUAAGUAAAUAUUAAUAUAUUCACUUAGUGAGUUUGUAAAACCAUGUAAAUUUUGUAAAAUUGUAUGAUAUUGUCGAAAAUUGAUUCGUUAUAAUUAUUUUAUAGAACCUGUUAAAGUUGUUUUUAAUUUAUUCCGCAUCUAUAUUUUUUUUUAGUGAUAAUUUUAUCUUUAAUUGAAUUAACUGAAAUAAUUUAAUUCUAAAAUUAUAACUAAUCUGAGAAACUUUAUUUUUUCCUAUUUACUCAGUAAAUUAUUCCUUAUCAAUUCUAUUAAAUGUUUUAUUUUCCUAAGUGUUUUUAUUUUACUACUGCCAUUGGUACUGUUAGAGAGACAGAAAUCACAAUUGUGAUAUUAAUUGUUACCUUUCUUUUGUAAUUUGCUAGUUAAUAGACCAUCAAGUUGGUCUAUAAUUAUUUGUUAUAAUACCUAAUAUCUUGACAGUAUUUACUAAUUGAUUGGCGAAAUAUUUUAAAUAACUUUGUUUAACCUAAUUUAAACUAUUUUUUUUAUUCAACAAGUAAAUUGUCUGUAAGUCAACUAUGAAUCGUCAAUCAAUAUGUGUAAUUAAUGAGAAUCAGAUUUAGGGAUAUUUUUAUAAUAAAAUAUGUAAGUAUUUUGUGUAAACUAUUAUAACAAAAUAUAAAGAGAUGCUAGUAGAAACAGUUUUCAAAAUUUUAUUUUAUUAUGAUAUUCCUUAUCCCUGCCGAGGCAAUGAUAAUUUAGUUAUAAACUGACUAGUCGGUCAUGUUUAG